AGCAUUCUAAGCGGUCACAAAAUAGUGACUCACCGUUACAACUUGACGUGUUUGCGUGAUGAACGAAAUUAUGGAGAUCCAUAUCCAUAGAACGAUAUCAUGCCUCAUUAUGGCUGUGCUUUUUUUGUUAUGGGACUAUUCUUCAGCUGAAGGCCCACGAGUCCGUCUAUUCUCUGCUACAGACUUCAUGCUUUUCGAUAGCAAUGACCUUCUUUAUUUUGAAAUCUUACAACCAAAGAACAUAAGUUAUAUCUACAAGGUUAAACCAGCGAAAAACUUCGGAACCAAAUUUGAAUUAGAAUUAGGCACUGUAAACCUUGUUGCUGCUGAUCCUAUUGAUGCUUGUCAUUCAGUUGACAAUGGUAAGGCUCUGUGGGGGUCAAUAGCCUUAGUUGAAAGAGGGGGUUGUUCCUUUGUCUCCAAAACCAAGACAGUGGAACAUCAUGGAGCUAUUGCUGUAUUUAUAUCAGACAAUUUACAGUUUGACAAUGCAGAAUCUUUAGUGGACAUGAUCCAUGAUGGAACAACAAGAGAAGUCAGUAUUCCUGCUGGAUUCAUCUUGGGAUCUGAUGGGUAUCACAUCAAGCGUGGAAUUGAAGAAGCAGGAAUGGAAGCAGCGGUUAUAUCAAUUCCACUCAACAUCACUACAAGUCCACAUCUUUAUACCAGGCAACCACCUUGGUCGUAUUGGUGAUACAGAUUUUUUUAUUUGGAAAUUUUGACAGAUAGUCCACUAAAUAUAUAUUUAGAAGUACAGCUGUCAGUAUUUUGUGGUGCAGCUUAGAUUGACAUUGUAUAUAAUAUAAAGGCAAGUUUCUAAAGAAACUGUGGUGAUGCACUAGCGAGGGUGUUAUAAGAUAGCACUAGAUUCUGAAAAAAACAAUGCUUUACCAUGCUAUUUUAUCUUUCUAGUGUUAAAAUGUUUUCUAUAGUAUGCUUUAAUUGUUGGAUACACAAACUUCUGUAGUUUAAGGAAGUUCAGCUUAGCAUAAUACCUUUUAUUAGGCCAUCAAAGUGUUAUUUGGAGGCCUCUAUUUAGUCUCCUGUCUCCCAAGUAGUGUUGAUUUGUUGUCCAGAAACCUAUACACAUAGGAUUCUACAAAUGUACUAUGUAUGGAGUUUGCUUUUAUUUAUAAGACAUGGAAUACAAAUACAUCAGAGAUCUGUAUUGUAUUAUGAAAGGAGGAUAUUUUGGGAACUUGUUAUUGGUGAUAGUUUAAAAAUAGCUACAGCUUUCUAAGAUGUCAAAUGUCAACUUUUGUGCUCUCAUGGAGUUGGUUGACCUGUAUUUUUGUUUUGAAAUAAUUGGACAUUUUAGUAAGCCGAAAGAGGAGUUUUUCAAUUCUGAUGAUAUGUACCCCCAAGAAGUAGUAGUAGUAGAAAUGAUUAUUGUGGUAUGUUAAGCUGCUUUUUGCCAAAAUGUAGGCCUUGUCAAAUGUUAUGGUCAAAGUAGAUAUCUUACAUAUGUAAGAAAUAAGAGAAAUGUCAUGGAUACUAAUACAGAAGAUACAAAUCAGAUAGGCUUAUGAAAUCACAAUGAAGAUGCUGAGCUUGUACUUAACAAUUAGAUAAUGCAGUUAAUAUUUUGACCUCAGGAGCAUUGAUCAUGUUGUGUGGUCUUCUGAUUUAGGGUCCUUAGAAGAAUUGUUAUCAGUAGUAGUGACUGACAUUUUGUCAACCUGAGCAGAGGUCAUAAUUAAAGAUGACAAACUAUUACUAAUACAGCUUUUUUUAUUCUGUGCAAAUAUUUUAUUUAUCCAGUAUUUAGCUGGUUUGUCAGAAGUUGCAAGAGUUGUCUUUCAUUUCCUACAAUUUGAUUGGUUUCCUUAAACAAGCCUUGAAAUCUGAUUGGUUGUUGUGUUUUAGUAAAGCUGUCCAAUUGGUUUCAUUGACUGGGAGAAAGAAAGCAUAGAGGCAAAUUGGUGCAAUUCAUGAAUAAAUCACCAAUGAGAGCCAAUCAGAUUACAAGGAUCAACAAUGUUUUCAUAAUGGUGUGGAAAAUAGUGCUACUUACUAUAUACAGUAAUUUGGAGAGGACUGGAUGGACACAUCACUAUCAUUGCCCACAAAAAGUCCAGACAUGCCUAUUGGCACUACACAUAUUGGUUUACACCAUCCCUUAUUACAGCGGAAGGAAGAGCUCCUUCAAAGUUACUGUUAUCCUUUCCAUUCUGUCUUGUUCUUUCACUUGAAUCAGGGUGUACCAGUCCAUUAAAAUCAUUAAUUGUUUCUGCA